CCUAAUUUAAGCCUCAGAAAAAUAUUAAAUUGAACUGUGUUUGUCAAUCACAUGAAAAAACAUACUUAAGGUUGCACACUUCAACUCCUCGCCAGUUGCAUCUCCAUCCAACAUGGCUGGACGUAGCGGGUAUGAUGAUCCAGAACCUUGGGACCAUGGAGGUGGUGGACGGUCAAGAGGCCGACCUUCUCGUCCCCUACCCAACGAAGCCCCUUUCACUGCAUUUGUUGGGAAUCUACCAAAUGGCGUUGUUCAAGGGGAUGUUCCAAUGAUUUUCAAAGGUUUGAAUGUGAAAAGUGUUCGGCUUGUUCGUGACAAGGAGACAGAUGCAUUCAAGGGCUUCUGUUAUGUUGAAUUUGAAACAAGAGAGGAUUUGGAAAGGGCACUGGAGUACAAUCAAGCAGUUGCCAUUGAGGGAUCACUCAUUCGAGUAGAUGUCGCAGAAGGAAAAAGGAGUGACCGUGGUGGUGGAUUUGGUGGUCGAGGUGGUAGAGGAGGAGGAGGCGGAGGAGGUUUUAAUGAUAGAGGCCCAAGAGGAGGAGAUCGUGGGCCGCCUCCACGGGGUGGUGGACCAGGUGGCCCUGGAGGUCCCGGAGGUCCCGGAGGUCCCCCAGAUCGGUACCCAGACUCACGCGGAAACCGAGGCAUGUAUGGCCAUGAUGAAGGCCGAGGUGGAGACUGGAACAGAGGUGGUGGAGGUGGCAGACGUGACCGCGAUGGUCCUGGUGGUUUUGGUGGUGGGCGAGAUGGAGGCAGAGAUGGAGGCAGGGAUGAGAGAGGAGCAUAUGGGCCGCCACGAGACAGGGAAAGGGAUCGCAGGCCAUUUGAAGAAUUCAAGGAACCAGAGCCAAGUGCUGAUGGCAAACAAAGACCCAGGCUGAAGCUGGCACCUCGAUCAGUUCAAGCUCCAGUAAAUGCGUUGGCUGAAACCUUACAAAGUGCUUCUAUCUUUGGAGGUGCAAAACCACGGGAGGAAAAGGUGGAUGCAGCUGCUGCUGCCCCUAAAGCAGAAGAAGAGCCUUAAAAUGGACUAAAUGUUUAAGCCUUCCACGUUUGUGAAAUAUUCAGACUUGACUUUGGUAUGGCAAGAGAGCAUGGGUGGAGAAGACAAGGCGAGCCAUCUUGUGAUGAUCUCAAACUUCCUAGAUCGUCGUUCAACACAGCUUACUGACCUGUGCAGUAAAUAGUGAGAUAUGGACUAUCUUUAUAUUUAGUAACUCUUUUUAUGAAUAAUUUAAAACGUUAAUGAAAAAUUCUUAUUGUCAUUGCCUGUUGGCAUUCUUUCUGUGCAUAAAUGUUUUCACUUGUCAAUAAUGCAAGUAUUAGUCCCAAACGUUACAUUGCUAUACAAUUUUUGUGUUACAUUAUAAGAACAAGUUCGUUUUGUUCUUACUAAUCUGCUCUUUACUUUGAUUUUGUGGUUGUGUUGUUGAGGGCUGUGGCAGGCUGUGGGAUAAGAGCUGGGCUCUCUGCUCUGUGCUCUUCCAUGUAAACUCAUUUUUGCAUUUUAUGAAGCUUUGAUGUAGAAGUGUUACAUCAUAUGAAAUGAUUACUCAGAUUUUUUUGUAAUUUAGUUGGACUUAAAAACACACUAUCAGUAAUGAAUAUGCCAAGAGUUUUGCUCUGACUUUUUGUGCUAUGCAUUCCCGAGUUGUGAGAAACUCUUUUAUUGUCAUGGUUAUUUUGUUUCUUAAAACUGAGGUCCACUUUACCACCUUUAGCAGUUUGUGCCUUCUUUGCAAAUCAUGUUUUUAAUGUCAAUUAGAUCCAAACUGGUUGUUAUUAAUUAAUCAUGCCCAUUUAAACUGAAUUGUAUAGUUUGUCUUUCUCAUUCUUAACUUGUCAUUCUCAAUAGGAUGUAAUUGUUGUUUUUGUUCUCACUUGUUUUACCUUCUCUUUUUGUUUUGAACGCUAGAAACAACACCUGAUGAAAUGGUUUUGUGUGAUUGUAAAAUACAUGUUCAUGCUAGGUACAAUUUGAAAACCUGUUACUAAUUAAUAAACUUAAGUCUGAUAGACUUGAUCAGACUUAAAAACCUCAA